AUGACUACAUACUUGAAUUCAUAGCACGCCACAAACAUUUAAGGCUAGGUCAUCUAGAAGAGAUAGAGCCAUGGCUAAGCUAUUACAAAAUUCAAACCUAAUUAUUCAAGUUAAUAAUCAACCAGCCCCUCCACAAACCAGAGAUACACCAAACCUUCGAAGUAAAAUUUUAACAUCGCCAGCAAUAAUCAGGUGAAAGUUGGAAAAAUUUAUCUUGAAGAAAAUCAGUUAAAUCUGCACAGAUUAGGAGCGUAGUCUAACUCGCCCAAAGGUCACUCUAAAGCCUCCUUAAACCAAUAGAAAAUGUUUGUUGUGCAUAAAAACUAAGAUUAUCCUUCAGUUUCCGACAACAACACAUUUGAUGCAUAGAAUGUACAGAUGAAAGCAGGUGGAGUUUCGAACUAUAUUAUGUUAUCUCAAGAAUUGAAGAAAGCGCCGUAGAGAGUCAGUUAAGAACAAAGCAAGCUUAAGCUUAACAAGAGCAACUAAAGCCAAGGCUCCUAUAAAAAUAAGAUUAAUACGACACACUAGGAUUACUUAUUGUAGCAGAAUAAGAGCCCAUCUAAUAUGUAGUAUGAGAAAGGCAGCAAAAUACAGAGACGCGACAGUGCGAAGCUUGAGAAUGGCCAUUAAAGUUUUGGAUCCAUGUCUCGUUAAAUCAAUAAUUACUAUUAGAUAAUACAAAAUAACCAGCAAGCGAUUAUGUAGCAUUAAAUGGUCACCCGUACUCGCAACCAUGACGAUGAAAAAAUCCACAAAUUUAACACUACUUAACAGAUAGGAAAGCGAGACUCUAUAAAAGAUCAAUCCUCGCUAGCACUUUCAAAUAUUCCAUAAUAAAUUCUAUCGCCUAACAAUCCAACUAAAAACUAAAAUAUCUUUAAUUAAAAAAGAUAGUCAUAUUAACCUUAACUGACAAAAUAGACCUAUGCUUAUAACAAAAACCAGGAUCCAAUUAUUCUGUCUCCUAAAAAUAAGAAUAAACUAGACCGUUAAUUCUUCAGCGAUGAAGAAGAGAAUGUCAAUAACUGUUCUAAAGACAGUUCUCAGAAUGCAUAAAAUUGGUAGAGGUUGUCUAAGGAUUCUUAAGAUAAUGGCUAUAAUCCAUAAAAUGACAUUAAAGAUAACUACUACUCGAAAAAUGUCAAAAUUCAAAGUCAAAUUAAGGAUAUUGCAAGACAGCUGUGGGUAGCUGCAGAAGUAGGUGAUCAGCAGGUUAUUCUUAAAAUUCUAAAAAGUUUGAGCUAAUCUCAAAGCUAGCUCCAAAUAAACUGUACUAAUUCUGAUGGAUGGACACCCUUGCAUGUAGCAGCAAGCGAAGGUCACACCCAUAUUGUAGAUAUACUAAUUUAACAAGGAGCAAAUAUCGAAUGUAAGACCAAGAGUAACCGUACUCCUUUGCACAUAGCAUGCAUCAGGGGUAAUUUAGGAGUUGUUCAAAUUUUGGUUCUUGCUGGAUCCGACACGAAUGCUAAAGAUGUAGACGGCAAUACACCUGCUCAUUUCUGCGCAGAAUAUGGCCAUCAUGAUAGUCUGAGAUUCUUACUCACGAAGCAUCCAACUCUCUUUGCUAAAAAUAAGGAAGGAAAAUCCCCAAUAGAUCUAUCUGUCUCAAAUGAAAUUCUAAUGACAUUUGAAGAGUACAUCCAAUCAGCUAAGCACUUCUUGUAUGCAAAAGAAACUCAAUAAUAAAUCUAAGUCUAAAAUAACACAGAGGCAUAAUCUACAUCAUUAGGGAGUCAAAGGCAACGUCCAUAAUAAUAGCUGAAUACGAAUAGUAGCGGCAGUGAAUAAAGUAAAACAUCAAGAUACAGCAUAGAUGAGCAUAAACAACAAAAUAAUUAGACAAAGCAAAUAUAAAUUCUGGAUUCAAAAAUGAGGACUACUCAAAAUAGCAAUGGUGAAAGGCAGCAGUAGCCGAAUGACCUCCCAAAUCAAAAUCCAUAUAUGAGUGCAACAUAGCCACAAAAGAUUCAAGACUUUAAUAAAGCUAGUUACUCCUCAGGUAGCACACAAGGAAUGCAACAAACUCCUUCUAGCUACUCUCUGAAGUAACUACCGGUUGAGGAGAAAGAAGAUAUCAGACUUGGUCCAGAUAUGUUUGUGCCGUUGAAAAUGUUAGGGAGUGGCAGUUUCGGUGAGGUCUAUCUUGUAAAGGAAAAGGGUACGAAUUAACUAUAUGCAAUGAAAGUUCUGAACAAGUCUAAGAUCAUGGGUCAAAAUCUAGUAAGAUAUGCUAAAACGGAGAGAAAUGUCCUAUCCUAUACAAAGCAUCCAUUUAUAGUGAAUUUAAAUUAUGCCUUCUAAACAGAUACUAAGUUAUUCCUUAUCUUAGACUUUUGUCCAGGUGGGGAUCUUGGAAAGUGUCUAUAGAGAGAGAGAAAAUUUACCGAAGAUAGAGCUAGGAUAUAUGCUGCCGAGAUUCUAUUGGCACUAGAAGAUCUGCAUAAAAGAGAUAUUAUUUAUAGAGAUUUAAAACCUGAUAACGUCGUUCUUGAUUUUGAUGGUCACGCUUAACUAACCGAUUUCGGUCUCUCCAAGGAGGGAGUCGAAGAAGUAGCAAAAGGAGCCAAAUCAUUUUGUGGAUCUGUUGCUUACUUAGCGCCCGAGAUGCUUCGUCGUGCCGGACAUGGAAAGUCUGUAGAUUGGUAUUUAUUUGGAGUUCUUCUCUAUGAGAUGGUGGUGGGAUGCCCUCCAUAUUUCUCACCCAAAAAAGAGGAAUUAUUCAAUAAUAUUCAAAAAGGAGUAUUGAAAAUACCAGCUAGUUUAAGUGAAGAGUGCAAAAAUCUUAUUGUCAGUUUGCUUAAUAGAAACCCAGCAAAAAGGUUAGGAGCAGGUUCAGAUGGAAGUUAGGAAAUCAAAGAGCAUCCGUUCUUUGAGCCAAUGGAUUGGAAUGUAGCAAAAGCUAAGCAACUCAAACCACCAAAACCUGAUAUCAAUAUGAAACUACUUUAGUAGAUAUAGAAUUUCGAUUAACCUCCUGAUGAGUCCUUGUAUAGAGUAUUUGAGGAUACUGAGGAGCUAGACCCUGAUAUCUUUGAAAACAAGACCGUAGAGGGCUGGUCUUUUAUUCAAGGAAUAGGCACCAUUAUACAUCAAGAUUGA